AUGAAGAUCUUUGGGCAAAUUUUGGCGGCUUCCGUUUCGGCUAGAAUCAGUAUUAGCGUCGGGUCAAAUAACGAAGUCAAUUAUUCCGGCGGCCCAGUCCUCGAGCGACCAGCGGUUCAGCCGACGCGUCGACCAGCCGCUCCGAGCAGCUCCGACAGAGACCGAUUCAUGCUCGUUUCUGGGCCAGAAUCGGAAAAUGGCGAGUCAAAUCGGUUAACCGGCGAGUCCGGCUGCUGCGAAAAAAUCAUCAUCCACGAUCUAAUGAACGGCCAAAGGGUUUUCGAAAAAAGUCCGUUCGAAGAAACCUGGCUCGAUCGAGGCGGCGACGCGAUUUUUUUCAACCCUCAAUUUCAGAUCUGGCAGUUGGUCCCUCAAUCUGAUCCUUCUUCGCUCGGAACAGCAUUUACAUCCAAUCCGGCCUCCCUCGCCCCCGGCUGCCCCGACCACUUUCCCUGGCUGGUCUCAAACGACCAUCGCUGGUCGACAGUCAAGAAAUACGCCCAGUGCGUCGAAGAUACAACCAACGAGGACAAGCUAGCUUACGAUCUCUCCGAGCGAGUCUGUCAAAUAAUGCAAACGGCUGUUCCUUCGCUUAGAGCGAGGAAAAUCGCCACGCUUUGCCAAAGAGCUAAAUCCAUCGCGGAGCGCGUCAUUAAACAGCGAUCCUGCGCCGCCGCACUUCUGACCAGAGUAGACUCGAAUUUGGUUCUUUCGCUCGAAACUCUUCGUGAAUGGAGAGACAAAAUGAUGGCGAUCAACGCGCAGCGAAACGAGGAUUGCGAGAACAACGAAGAUUUGGACGGAACGAUCGGCCGUUUUUACAGCUCCAUGACAAGGAAAAUCACAAAGGCGCAAAGAAAGCCGAGAAAAUCGAAAUCGAAAGGAAAGAAAAACUGA